ACACACACUCUCUCUCUCUUUCUCCCUCUCUCUUUCUCUCUCUCACCCACCUACCUACCUUACCACAGCGUAGUGGAACACUCAGCAUACAACACACUUAGCUAACCCAGCUAGCAUGCCUGCUGUCUCAGAAGCAUCUCUAGCAUUUGGCUCGUAGAGAAAUAACGAUGGCGGUAUAGCGUGUUAACAGGUUGGAUGUUUUAAUUAAGCCCUUUAUUUUCUACUUUAACCAGCGAAGAGCUCUCUACUCGCUGUCCAGCCAAAUCAAUGAGGAUGAGAACGUAGUAUGUGACCUGAGUGCUCCUACGCCGACUGCAGAGGGGCGAGUGCGGGCGCUGGCCGCUCUGUGGCGCCCCAUACCGGCCUGGUCAUGGGGAACACAGCCACCAAGUUCCGCAAGGCGCUGAUCAGCGGGGAUGAGGUGCUGGCCUGGCACCUUUACGAGAACAAUCCGCAGUUUAAGGAGGCCUUGGACCCCAACGCUUCUUAUGGGGAGCCGUACCAGCACAACACGCCACUGCACUAUGCCUCACGCCAUGCCAUGAGCCGGCUUAUCAGGUCCUUCCUGUUUUGCAAGGAUGGCAACCCCAACAAGCGCAAUGUGCACAACGAGACCUCUCUGCACAUGCUGUGCAUGGGGCCGUUCAUCCUGCUGAGUGAAGGUGCUCUGCAGCCGCGCCUCAGCUGCCCGCAGCUGGACGAGCUGCGCCGUGCUGAGUGCCUCCAGAUGAUUCUCAGGUGGACGGGGGCCAAGCUUGACCAGGGCGAGUACGAGCGUGCUGAUGUCAACGCCACUGACAACAAGAGGACCACCUGCCUGCACUACGCGGCUGCAGCCGGCAUGAAGAGCUGCGUUGAGCUGUUGGUGAAGAGUGCGGCGGACCUGUUUGUGGAGAAUGAGGAGCAUCAGACUCCUUGUGACUGUGCAGAGAAACAGCAUCAUAAGGAGCUGGCCCUCAGUCUGGAGUCUCAGAUGGUCUUCUCCCAGGACCCAGGGGCUCAGGAGAUAGAAGCAGAGUAUGCAGCCCUGGACCGCAAAGAGCCAUAUGAGGGACUAAAGCUUCAGGACCUACGGCGGCUGAAAGACAUGCUGAUAGUGGAGACAGCCGACAUGCUGCAGGCUCCUCUUUUCACAGCUGAGGCUCUCCUACGAGCUCAUGACUGGGAUAGAGAGAAGCUUCUGGAAGCCUGGAUGUCUAAUGCGGAGAACUGUUGUCAGCGCUCUGGUGUGCAGAUGCCCACCCCUCCACCUAGUGGUUACAAUGCCUGGGACACCCUGCCCUCUCCUAGGACGCCCCGUACCACCCGCUCCACCCUCACUUCCCCCGAUGAGAUAAGCCUGUCCCCUGCAGAUGAGGGACUUGCCCUGUGUGAAAUAUGCAUGUGUGCUAUUUCCGUGUUUGAGGAGCCUGUGGACAUGCCAUGUGGGCACGAGUUUUGUAGAUCGUGCUGGGAAGGGUUCUUGAACGUGAAAAUCCAGGAGGGAGAAGCGCAUAAUAUCUUUUGUCCAGCCUAUGAUUGCUUCCAGCUGGUUCCAGUUGAGGUCAUAGAGAGUGUGGUUUCCAGAGAGAUGGAUAAACGCUACCUGCAGUUUGACAUUAAGGCUUUUGUGGAUAACAACCCAGCUAUCCGCUGGUGUCCUGUAGCGCGGUGCGAGAGAGCAGUUCGGCUUUCCAGACCCGGCACUGCUGCCACAGACCCCCUCGGCUUCCCCCUCCUCUCUGCUCCUGCUGUGGAUUGUGGAAAAGGCCACCUCUUCUGCUGGGAGUGUCUCGGUGAGGCCCACGAACCAUGUGAUUGCCAGACAUGGAAAAUGUGGCUGCAGAAAGUCUCUGAGAUGAAGCCAGAAGAGCUGGCUGGUGUCAGUGAAGCUUAUGAAGAUGCUGCCAACUGCCUGUGGUUACUCACUAACUCCAAACCAUGUGCCAACUGCAAGUCGCCUAUUCAGAAAAAUGAAGGCUGCAAUCACAUGCAAUGUGCCAAGUGUAAGUAUGAUUUCUGCUGGAUCUGCCUGGAGGAAUGGAAGAAGCACAGUUCCUCCACUGGUGGCUACUACCGCUGCACUCGCUACGAGGUCAUUCAGCAGGUGGAGGAGCAGUCGAAGGAGAUGACUGUGGAGGCAGAGAAAAAGCAUAAGAGCUUUCAGGAACUCGACCGCUUCAUGCACUACUACACUCGAUACAAGAACCAUGAACACAGUUACCAGCUGGAACAGCGCCUCCUGAAAACGGCCAAAGAGAAGAUGGAGCAGUUGAGUAAAGCCUUCAUCGGCCGAGAGGGCACUCCACCUGACACCAUGUUCAUUGAAGACGGAGUUCAAGAACUUCUCAAGACCCGACGCAUCCUUAAGUGCUCUUAUCCCUAUGGUUUCUUUUUGGAACCCAAAAGCACAAAGAAAGAAAUAUUUGAACUUAUGCAGACUGACCUAGAGAUGGUGACCGAGGACCUUGCCCAGAAGGUAAACAGGCCUUACCUCCGUACCCCUCGCCAUAAGAUCAUCAGUGCUGCAUGCCUCAUCCAGCAGAAGAGACGAGAGUUCCUGGCCUCUGUGGCACGAGGGGUAGCCCCCAAUGACUCCCCUGAGGCCCCACGCCGAAGCUUUGCUGGUGGGACGUGGGAUUGGGAGUAUCUGGGAUUCACCUCUCCUGAGAUGCUGAGGGAUCACCCAAUACUGGGAGGGAGGGAACACAGUGAGAACUUUGACAGUACAGGAGACCAGCAGCAGGAGUACUCAGAGUUCCAGUACAGACGGCGUCACAGGCAGCGGAGGAGAGGGGAUCUACUCAGCUUACACAGUCUUCGCAGCAACACCCCUGAACCCAAUGACCCUAAUGGUGGCAAUUUAGAUUCUCAAGAAGGAAGUGGCUCAAGGAGAUAUGGUGUCUCCACUGCUCUUGGAUCACUGGAUGAAGACGACCCAAACAUCCUGCUGGCUAUCCAGCUGUCCCUGCAGGAGUCCGGGCUGGCCUUGGACUCGGAGCCUCAGGACAUGCUCAGCAACGAGGCUUCAUUGGGGGCCAUUGGCUCCUCUCUGCCUUCCAGACUAGAGCCUGUCCCUCACACUGUGGAGCUUCCCCGUGCCUCACUCAGCAGCUCUGAGCUGUUAGAGCUGGGGGACAGCCUCAUGAGGCUGGGCAACAUCACCAGCCAAUACACGCCGGCUAACAUGCACUCCUACACAGAUGACCCAGGCUUGGACCCCUCUGCCAAUACAAACCUACUUGGCAACAUCAUGGCCUGGUUCCAUGAUAUGAACCCCCAGAACAUUGCACUGAUCCCUUCAGCCACUGCGGACGCUAGCUCAGAUGCGCCUCCUUCUGACGACACACUGAAACUCCACCCCCAGCCACAGGAGGGGGACAGCGAAGUAGAAAAGCCUGAGCAGAAUCUCCACUGUCUAAUUAAAGAUAAUGAAGUGCUGGAGAGGCCGAGCCUUCUGGAGCUGGAGUGUGUGGAGGGUUCAGACCUGCCCAAAACAGAAGCAGACUUGGAAGAGGUGCACUACACUGUGGACCUUGGUAGCACUGCUCCUCACGAGAGCGACUGUGACCCCCAUUCAGAGCCUACUGAGCUCUUAUCAGAAUGGGAGGAACAAGAGCACCUGGUCUGAGGAAGGAGGAUCAUGCAACUCUUCAGUCUGAGUGCUUUUGCUGUGGCCAAACACUAUCCAUAGGAAUAAUUGUGACAGAUUAAGGAAUUUAAGAAAAUUAAGUGUUAAUGCAGUGUGGAUUAAGAACAUGUCAGUAAGAAUGGUUAAUUAAUUGACUGAAUGAAUGAGAAAGGAAUACUCCAGAGUUUUACAACAAUUUUUAGCAUUGCAUCGAUGAGAGAUUUGUGGGCCGAUACAGAAACCCCAUAUUUUUUAUGUACAUACUUGUUGAUCGAGAUCCAUAUUCAGAAUUUCUACUACAACUUCUUGGAUUGCAGCUGCACAGAAAUUUGUUUAAAAUCAUGUAUAAAUUGCAGACAUUGCCAUGCAUUCUACUCUUCUGAAGUACCGUUUACACCAAAACCCCUCAAAAUACAUGCAAAUAGUAGGAAUAACAUUAGGUUCAGUAUCUUCUAAAGAUGCACAGAAUAUUUGGCAACCAAAAAUAUUUGUCAACAAUAUUCAGCUGAAUAUUGCACUUUUGGUAUUUGGACAAUAAGUGAAAAGGGUGAGUAAUUCAAACUAAACUGUGACUUAUGUAUUUUACGCUGUUUCAGAUCACAAUUAUUAAUAUAUUUUACUAUUUCUUUCAGCAGCUGCACUUUACUGGAUUCAACUGUUAGCUAAAAACUGACAGGAGGGCUCCCUAUAGCCAUAGGUUAAUAUGUCCAUAGUUAAUGGUCAUUGGCCAUACACUACAAGUGAUUAUGUGAUGGUGAUUGAAAACACUGGAGUAUUCCUUUAAACUAGGGGUGGCAAACAUACAGCACACAGUUCUAAACCGGAACAAUACUGAAAAAAAAUUAAAUCACAUUAUCUCAUUGUAAUUCAUUAGAUCAGCUAAAAACAGUCUUCAUAAAUCACACAUUGACACUGAUCUAUAGACAUAAACAGGGACAGAGCAAGUUCACAGCAAAACCAACCAGAAUCUCAAUUUUACUGACACUUCACUAAGAUAGGACCUGAUGUUCUUCAGAAAUGUUAGCUAGCACAGUUAGAGCACUGUUGGACCUGCAGGGUUUGAUCACUGUUCAUGAACUGCUUUAUUGGGACCUGUUAUAAUACUAAAGCUCUAAAAGAGGCAGCAAGUAGAGCUGAUUUUGUCAGUCAGCCACUAUUUCACAAAAUGACCUAAUGCUCUAUAAUAAUUAAUAAUCACGUAUAACCAUCAGUACUAAACGGAAAAAAAAAGUACGAAAAAAAUGCAGUGUCAGGUUUCGAUUAAAAUCAUUCCGAGUUCACGUUGGACAUGACAUUAGUUUGCCACCCCUACCACAGGGGAAAAAGAAGUGUAUACACUAUAUGUACAAAUGUUUUGGGACACCUUUGUUUCUUAUGAAAUCAUGGGUAAAUGAAAAUAAUAUACCCUGCUUUCUACUAGAGUUUGUAGAUUGCUGUGAGGAUUUGAUUGCUUUCUGCAUUAUCCACAACUUAUUCCAAAAGUAUUGGAUGGAGUAUGAUUAUUUCAGGCACAUCUGGAAUUAGGCAUAGUGCCAGUAGGUUCAUGUUCAUUGGUCCUAUUGGCAAUACUUUACUAUUGAGGACUAGACAAGCUGUGUGUGUGCAGUUGUACAUCUGUGUCAGCUAGUAGCUAAAUGCAUUCAGUAAAAGGGGUGUCCACAAACAUGUGGAUUUAUAGUGUAACAGAAAUAUGAUAUUUGUGUGUGAAAAGGAGAGUGCUAAGAAGCUCUAAAUCGUAUGAUGAAAAAUGUGGUUCUUUCUGGGUUCUUGUUUAACCUGUAGAGGAACCACAAAGAUGAGGUUACAAAAACAAACCCAUUUACCUGUGUGAAUAGAAAGUGAGUUAUACUACUCUUUUAUUUAUUUCUUUUUCAAAAAGAGAAAAAUGUGCUAAUGCACACUGAAAGAUUUAAAAAGAAGUUUUAAAAAUUAAAAAAUGCAGUUUGCUUUAUCAAGUACUGCAGUGAUCUCAGUCCACAGGCUGACCCAUGACCCCACCAUCAGUCUCGCUUGCUUGCUUCAUGCACUUGCACACAAACCUGUUGCACUUUGUUAAAAGAGACAGGUUUGCUUCAAAUGACUUGAAGCCACUUCUUGACCAGUGCUUCAGGGCAUCCCGGUGAUGACAUUGUGCCUACUUUUGCUAUGAGCUGGGUAUAUACCCAAACUCAUCAUCCCCUGGUUGAAAUGGUUGACUGCUUGACAUUAUUAAGCAUUGGAUUAUUCUAGAAAGUCUGUAAUAUCUGGUGCACAGCUGGAGCCUUUUCCAAUCGUGUCACCAGGGGUCACUAAAGCUCAAGAAGAAAGGUUGGGUGUAGGGAUUUGGAGACUGAAGUUUGCUUUUCCUCUAAACACGCUCAUUCAGUUCUAUCAUUCAGUGUGCCUUUUAUGCCCUUCCCCUAUAUUGUCUGUGUGUUGCCACAUUUAAGUUAACCUCUUAUAGUGAAGAUUUCAUUCACUUAAUGAAAAAAGUGAUUAAAAGAGACUGCAUUUUUUGUUACUCACUUUUACAAUCAAAGCAUUUUGCGGGAACAUUUUGUAUUUCCAUGGGCCAACCAUGUGUUAAAUCAUUGCUUAGAUUUCUUUUACACUGGAUUGAGUCCUGUGUUAGUUGGAAUGUAUACUCUGAAAUGGGGAGUGAGAGGAUUGAAAACCAGAGUUGCAAUGUGUGUCUGACUAAAUUGUCAUUUAAAAAUUA